GAGAGACACACGGAGAGGGAGAGAGAGGGAGGGAGAGAGAAGCACUCGUCUCCACUGCCCCUCCCAGCAAAUGGGAGAGCAAGUCUAAAUCAUGUUGCAUAUCAGUGCUGUUGUGCUGUGAUGUUGCUCAGGCAGAGCCCGGCGCAGAGCCCGGCGCAGAGCAGGCAGCCUUGUGGACCAGCACUCAGACCCAGGAUCAGCCCAGCCUACUCAGAGCUGGAGACCCUCUCCCCGCAACGUCCCUCGCCUCCACCGCAUGCCCCCUUCAGUGACAUGUACCCCGAAGAGAGCCGGGGGUCUGGAGGGGUAGCCAAUGUGGACUUCCUGGAAGGGACAUACGACUAUGCCGCCCCCACCCCGGCCCCGACUCCUCUUUACAGCCACUCCACAACUGGCUACUUCUCUGCUCCUCUGGAUGCCCACGGACAACCCUCAGAUGGCAGCCUUCAGUCCCUGGGUAGUGGGCCUACCAGUCCUCUUGUGUUCGUGCCCUCCAGCCCCCGACUCAGCCCCUUCAUGCACCCACCCAACCACCACUAUUUGGAAACCACCUCAACACCCGUCUUCAGGUCCAGUCAGCAGUCCGUUUCCAGAGAGGACCAGUACGGCACCAGCGACGAGUCAUACAGUGUGGGGGAGUCGGGGGCUGGAGCCGGGGCGGGGGGGUUUGAGAUGGCCAAAGAGACACGUUUCUGUGCCGUGUGCAGCGACUAUGCCUCUGGGUAUCACUACGGGGUGUGGUCCUGUGAGGGCUGCAAGGCCUUCUUUAAGAGGAGCAUCCAGGGUCACAAUGACUACAUGUGCCCAGCAACCAAUCAGUGCACUAUUGACAGGAAUCGGAGGAAGAGCUGCCAGGCUUGCCGUCUUAGGAAGUGUUACGAAGUGGGCAUGAUGAAAGGAGGUGUGCGCAAGGACCGCGGGCGUGUUUUGCGGCGUGACAAACGACGGACUGGCAACAGUGACCGAGACAAGGCCUCUAAGGACCAGGAGCACAGGACAGUGCCCCCUCAGGACGGGAGGAGACGCAGCAGUGCUUGUGGUGGAGGAGUAAAAUCAUUGCUGACCGGCAUGCCUCCCGACCAGGUGCUGCUCCUGCUCCAGGGUGCCGAGCCACCAAUACUGUGCUCUCGUCAGAAGCUGAGCCGACCCUACACCGAGGUCACCAUAAUGACGCUGCUCACCAGCAUGGCAGAUAAGGAGCUGGUCCACAUGAUUGCCUGGGCCAAGAAGCUUCCAGGUUUCCUGCAGCUGGGUCUCCAUGACCAGGUGCAGCUGCUGGAGAGCUCGUGGCUGGAGGUGCUGAUGAUUGGGCUCAUCUGGAGGUCCAUUCACUGCCCCGGCAAACUCAUCUUCGCACAGGAUCUCAUACUGGACAGGAACGAAGGCGACUGUGUGGAAGGCAUGGCUGAGAUCUUCGACAUGCUGCUGGCCACUGCUUCCCGCUUCCGCUUGCUCAAACUCAAACCGGAGGAGUUUGUCUGUCUCAAAGCUAUCAUCUUGCUCAACUCUGGGGCCUUCUCUUUCUGCACCGGCUCAAUGGAGCCCCUCCACGACACCGCGGCUGUGGAGCACAUGCUGGACACUAUCACAGACGCUCUCAUACAUCAUAUCAGCCAAUCAGGAUGCUUGGUUCAGCAGCAGUCAAGGCGGCAGGCCCAGCUGCUCCUCCUGCUUUCCCACAUCAGGCACAUGAGCAACAAAGGCAUGGAGCAUCUCUACAGCAUGAAGUGCAAGAACAAAGUGCCUCUGUACGACCUGCUGCUGGAGAUGCUGGACGCUCACCGCCUCCACCGCCCAGACAGACCAGGUCAGCCCUGGUCUCAGGUUGACGGAGAGCCUCCCUCCACCUCCAGCAGCAGCAUCGGAGGCGGCUCUUCAGUUGGCUCAGGACCCCGAGUCAGCCAUGAGAGCCCCAGCAGAGCCCCCACAGUCCUGCAGUACGGAGGCUCGCGCUCAGACUGCACCGUCAUCCUAUGAGAGAGAGCAAAAAGGUCAAAAGUCAUUUUUAUGGGUGAUGUGUGCAGUACAUAAUUAGAGGGGUUUGGGAAUGAAAUAUAAAAGUUGUAUUUGAAUUUAUUUUAUGAAUUAUUUAUAAAUUAAGUGAUUCUAUAGUUGUAGCUGUUUAGGGAGAACAUUUUCUAAAAUAUGAGCUUCAGUGCAGUAAAUCUUCGAUGCUGCCUCUCAUAAGAUCUAUGAUUUUGAGUCUGUCUCUAACAGUUCUACAGUAGAGCUUAUUAUUUACAAAAUGGCAGCUGUAAAGUCAUAUUGUGGCACUCUGAUAGUUUUGGAAUGAUGAGCAGCUAAUUUUUCUUUUCAUUCCCCUCGACCAAAGUGCACUUCCUCUGGGGUUUAGGGGCUAUUGGGCAUUAUUAUUAUUUUUACUAUUAUUAAGAUGAUUACACAUGAUAAAACUCGUUAAAAUGAAUGUGUAAUUUAUUUUGUGUUUUAAAUUCUAACACUGUUAAAGACUAAACAUCAGGUAUUGGGAUUUCUAAACACACACAAUUUUAAACUUUGAUAUAUUUGGAAAAGAAAAUAAUUUCAAUGAACAGUGGCUAAGGAUAUCUGUUGAAUUUUAAAUAGCUAAACAUUGCACGAUCAAAUCCUAGCACACUGAUCACAUAAUGAAGGAAGCCGUGCGUGUGUGUGCGUGUGUGCGUGUGCGUGUGCGUGCGUGCGUGCGUGUGUGUGGCUCCACGCUGAUUUGAUGCAUAGAUUUUCUUUUGUCUUGAUGCAGGUGUUCAACAUUUCUAACAAGUCAAAGCUACAAGUGGUUUUUGCUCAUCCACUAAUUCAGUGCUUAGCUGGACUUACACACCUCCCAAAAAAAUAAUAUCAUAAUGUAUGUGCACAUAUGCAAUGGUUUUUCUGUUUAAAUGGACCAAAUGUAAACGAGAUAUCUGAUAUGGACAUGAUCAGGUGUUUUCUUUAUUAGCUGCUAUACACUGCGAGCGUCAUUAUAAAAGACCCUUAUAAGGUUAUUAUAAAGAAAAUAGUGAAAAAUGUCAUAAUUCAAAAGUGACAUGUUUAAAUAAGUCUAAAUCCUAAAUAUAUUCAAUAUACUAUCACAAACCAUAAAGAAAAGCAGAAAAUCCUCAGGGUGUGUUCAGACAAAAACGCCAGGCACACAUUUCAGAGCAACAUUGACCUUUAGCCGUUAGUGCUUUUUUUUCUAAUGUCUGUUUUUAGGGUUCCACCUUUUAUUAUUUCCCUCCAGUUUCUGUACGUUCAUGAAACCGAUCCAUUAUCCUCGGGAUUGGCCCCCCCUGGCCACCCUCAAUAUGCAAAAAUGUCGUUCAACUGGCAAAUUCACGUCUAAUCGCGUCGCCUUGUUUGCGUUCUGUCUAAACACACAGUCACAACUGAGAAACGGCAGCAAGGGACUACUUGGCAUUUGUGCUUAAGAAAAUGACUAAUUGCUUGUCUAAAUAUUUGUGGAUUGUUUUACUGUCAAUCGACUAAUCGCUUCAGCUGUACUCAAAGAAAUGCAGGCAAUUCAAAUGUAUAUUGCGAGGAUAGAAACGCUAAACAAAAGAUGACAUUACAGCGUCGUUUUAAGUUGUCAAUUCUGAUGUCUGUGAAUGAAAAUUGGAUUUGGGCACUUGAGCUGUGAAUUAUAAGUCUAGUCAAACCUAAACUGUCUAUCAUUUGUUUACUGUGCAUAAAAAUAAAAGCAUUCAAUGGGAAAA